AUGCAUCGGCUUUUGUGGGACGGCCAGAUUUUAGAAGAGUUUUCAAUGUCCAUUGGCCGACUGCCCAUUUUUAACACGAACGUUCGUUCACGACCCGAUUACCUGUCAACUGUGCUGCUCGGCGAGGAGGUGCAUGGUUCAUCGGUCAGCUUCAGAGACAUGCGCUACUCACCGUUGAUCGGUGGCUUUGUAGUCGUGCUAACGGACGGAAGAGCAGGUCUCAUGAUUGCUGCCUCUCCCCGAUUCGAUCCUUCCGUAAGUGUGUGUAUGUGCUCUUCUUUUCUUUAGCG